UGUUCUUCCCCUCCCCACGGCGAUAAGCCCGACGCGCGCGCACGGAAUUGGCUGAGAGCCUGACAUUUAUAUCUUACCGCUGUACUCGCUGGCUCGGCUUAGCAGUGCCUUUUGAGCUUGGACCCUGCGUCGACCUUGGUUUGUGGGCUGUUUUCCCCUCACGCGGGCAACCUCGAAGACGACCUCGACAUCGAAUUCGAGCUCGAAUCGACGUGAUCAUCCUAGCCUUUGGACCUCUUCUUCUUCUUCCUCCCCUCCUCCGACACCCAUCAAGAGAGAAGAGAGCGACCUUCAAGAUGGAUCCCACCGGCCCUAUCACCGUCCGAACCCGCAAGUUCAUCACCAACCGUCUCCUCAACCGACGACAAUUCGUCGUCGACGUCCUCCACCCCACCCGAGCCACCGUCUCCAAGUCCGAGCUCAACGAGAAGCUCGCCGCCUUGUACAAGACUGACAAGGGCCGAGUCUCCACUUUCGGAUUCAAGACCAAGUUUGGAGGUGGAAGGUCGACCGGAUUCGGUUUGAUCUACGAUGACGAAGAGUCCCAGAAGAAGUUUGAGCCCAAGCACAGGCUCGUGAGGUCUGGUCUCGCUCCCAAGGUCGACAAGACCAACAGGAAGAACAGGAAGGAGAGGAAGAACAGGCAGAAGAAGGUCCGAGGUACCGCCAAGAGAAAGGCUGGUGAGCCCGCCAAGAAGAAGUAGACGACCACGUCCUUCUCCACUUGACGAGCUAGAGCCCUCGAAGCCGGACGGGAUUUGGGAACAAGACGGUCUGACGACGAGGAGAUGGAUCGCUAGGAGUCUUCUUCUUCUAGCAAAAAGAGACGGAUCGGUCGGCGACGUCCGGUAUCUCGAUAUGGGAGAUUUGUUUUACUUGUCGCAUGACGAUUAUUCCCAUCUUUCGUCUUUUCCGC